AUGUCGGAAAUAACAACUACAACGAUGAAGCGAGAUUUUAGUAGGGUUGUUCUUACGUUGGAAAACGUUUUGGUUCCUGAUGAUAAAUUAUGUGAAACGCCGUCAAUGUCGGAUGGCCUUGAUAAGGAAGUAGAAACGGAUCUGCGGAUUUUAGGUUGUGAAUUAAUUCAGACAGCAGGAAUCUUGUUAAAGUUGCCUCAGGUGGCAAUGGCUACAGCCCAAGUUGUGUUUCAGAGGUUUUACUACUCAAAGUCAUUCAUCAAACAUAAUAUGGAGGUGUUGGCCAUGGCAAGUAUCAUGCUGGCCUCAAAGAUUGAAGAGUGCCCCAGACGAAACAGAGAUGUGAUUAAUGUGUUCCACCACAUUAAGCAAGUUCGCAACAGAAGAACUAUACACCCACUGGUGCUCGACCAGCACUAUAUUAAUCUGAAGAACCAGGUGAUCAAGGCAGAGAGAAGAGUGCUCAAGGAACUGGGCUUUUGUGUGCACGUCAAACACCCUCACAAGAUCAUUGUGAUGUAUUUGGAAGUCCUUGGCAGCACUGGGAAACGGCAGCUAGUUCAAUGUGCAUGGAACUUCAUGAACGACAGCCUGCGCUCCGACGUGUUUAUGCGCUUUCACUCGGAGUCCAUCGCCUGUGCCUGUAUUUAUCUGGCCGCCCGCCAGUGCCAGGUGCCUCUGCCAAACAACCCGCCCUGGUACUGGUUGUUUGCUGUCGGGGAAGAUGAGAUCCAGCAGAUCUGCUUGUCCAUCCUCAGGCUUUAUGCCAGACCCAAGCCAAACCUGGAGCAGCUGGAAAAGAUUGUUGAUGAGCUCAAGAGGAAGCAGCAGGCAGCUAAAUCUAAGGCCAGGGCUCUGCUCUCAGACAUGGACACGCCAAACUCCACAUCUCGCCAAAAUUCACCCAAGGUCAUCAGCCCCAACCCCGCAGCACUUACACAAGCACUUAAAAAGGGCAAGGAGAAAGUCGAUGGACAUGGUGAUGGUGGAGACGCAGGCAGCGAUAAAUCUGACCGGAACCCAAGUCACUGGGCAGCCAGCAAAAAAACCAGUCGCCAUAGCGAUGAUAGUGACCGCAGCGGAGUCUCUAACAAAUCAGAGUCCAGGUCAAGUGGCAGCCAUUCCAGUUACCCUAGUCACCACAGCCGAAGCCCAAGAUCGGAGUCCCCCUCAUUGAAAAAGCGCCAUCGAAGCCCAAGUGCCAAGAAGAGCCGGACAAUUGACACAUUCAGUCGGAACAAGCAUAAGAGAAAAUACAGGUCUCCUUCCAGAUCUGUGAGCCGAUCGCCAGUUCAUUACAAAAACUCCAAGAAGAUACGGCACCAUGAGAAAGAUAACUACCCCGAGAAAGAAUACAGGGACCGUGCCAACUAUAGAGACAAUAAGGUGCGGGACUACUACAAAAGUAAAUCCGACAAGGAUAGGGAAUACUACAAAGAUGCCAGGAAGUCGUAUUCCCCAGAGAAAGAUCAUCAUCGAUCACGUAAGCAUCGCAGCAACGGCCAUCGAGAUAGUCCGGUCAGGGAGAAGUUUGAGAAACACCGGCGGUGA